CGCGUCGCCUUCCAAUCCGUCAGCCCACCGCCGCCGGCCAUGUCCCCGACGCCGGCGAAAACGGCGGCCAAGCCGCGGCCGUCGAAACGGAUCCUGGAGUCGUACACCAUCAAGGGAUCCGACGGGGUCAUCAGCCCUGGGGAUGCUGUGCUAAUGAAGGCGCCUGACUCAUCAAAGCGUCCGUAUGUGGCAAGGGUUGAGGAAAUCGAGGCAACAGGACCUCGGGGCUCAAAUGUGAGGGUUAAAGUGCGAUGGUACUACCGACCGGAAGAGUCUAUGGGUGGGCGGCGGCCGUUCCAUGGCUCAAAGGAGGUGUUCCUCUCUGACCACCAAGAUGUGCAGAGUGCCGACACCAUAGAGUGCAAGUGCAAUGUUUACAGCUUCAAGGAGUAUACCAAGCUUGAUGCUGUCAAUGCUGAGGACUACUUUUGCCGCUUUGACUACAAGUCAAUCACAGGCAGCUUCGUGCCUGACCGCAUAGCUGUGUUUUGCAAGUGUGAGAUGCCAUACAAUCCUGAUGACCUUAUGAUCCAGUGCGACGAUUGCUCUGAUUGGUUUCACCCUGCUUGUAUCGGAAAGACCAUCAAAGAAGCAAAGAAACUUGAGAAUUUUUCCUGUGAAAGUUGUGCUGCUGAAAAUGAGAAGAAGGUUGAAAGUCCCCAUGGAUCCACAGGCCAAUCAGACGAAAAGGUGGAGUCGAAACGACGGCGAAGGUGAAUGCGCAAUCAUCCUGGACGAGAUCUCCAUCUCUUCAUGCAUGUGAUGUGGUGGAUGUACAGUGCUGUUUCCAGUUUGAUGUGCACGGCCAUUUUAGAACCUGUAACUCAGUGUCUUGUUCAGAUUGUCCUCCAUAGAGCAUUUUCUAGUGGUUGCAUAUCCAUGUGGACUUGUAGAGUCUGUUCCUUUUUUUUCCCCGUUGUGUGAGAUGGAGAGCAGUAAGCUCAAAAGGAUAUGAACUGUUUUUGUGAGAAAAAAAAAGAUAUCAACUGAAUUGUCUCU